CACCAAUCGCAUCGAAUAUGACGCGUAUCGCGCAAUCGCGCGCCUGCCUGCCAUGAUGCUGAUUCACACCCGUGUCGACCGCGGCUCGUGUGUGCGCGUUCCGUGCUCUAUUGCGCAAGACGGAGGCGCUAUCGUGUCUAGUCCAGUCGGCGCGUCAGUUCGUUCUGCCUGAAGUCGACGGGGCUCCACAGGGCCCACCGCACGAUCGCUCGCAUCAUGCUUCUUUCCUAUUCCAUCAUUCGCGGUGAUUCGUAUAUGUAUAAAACCUGCCCGCCACUGGCAGCGCAUUGACGGCCUGCGAGCACUCCCUCCCCUCCCGCCGCUAACAUACAAAUAACGCAACUCAUGUCUGGCGAGAAGAGCGCACUCAAGACGGAGGCUGGCGGCGGCAGCGGCUCGGAUGUGGAGUCGUCGUCCUUCGAUGACACGCUCUAUAGCGUCACGGACCAGAUCGCGAAGGAGCAGGGGAACGAGGUGCAGUACCGGACGUGUUCUUGGCAGAAGACGGCCGGACUGCUCUUCUCGGAGUACAUCUGCUUGGCGAUCCUGUCGUUCCCCUGGUCGUAUUCCGUGCUGGGGCUCGUGCCCGGGAUCCUGCUCACGAUUGCCGUGGCGGCGACGGUGCAGUACACCUCGCUUGUCAUAUGGCGAUUCUGCUUGAAGCAUCCUGAGGUGCGCGAUGUAUGCGACAUCGGCCGGAUUCUCUGUGGUGGAUCUCAAUGGGGUUAUCACUUCACCGCGGUCAUGUUCAUCUUGAACAACACAUUCAUCCAAGGACUACACUGCUUGGUUGGUGCAAGGCUCCUCAACACGCUUUCGAAUUCUGGAUGGUGCACCAUCGGUUUCAGCGGUGUGACCGCCAUACUCUGCUUCGUCGUUAGUCUUCCGCGGACGCUGAACCAACUGAGUGGGCUGGGGACGUUCAGCGCUGUCACAAUGGCCAUUGCUGUUCUCCUCGCGAUCGUUUUCGCUGGGAUCCAGAGCGAGCCGGCCGGGUAUAUCGCCGGAGAACCGGGGAUUGUCACUGCGUGGCCUGUAGCGGGGACGACCUUCGUGAAUGGCAUUUCUGCGUUUCUGAACAUCAGCUACACGUUGAUCGGCCAGAUUACGAUACCUUCGUUUAUUGCCGAAAUGAAAGAGCCCAAGGAUUUCCCCAAAGCUCUAUGGGCCGUGACAAUUUGCGAGAUUGUUGUAUUCUCUCUCUGCGGGAGCAUUAUGUAUCAUUAUGUUGGGAACCAGUAUAUGACAGCGCCGGCCUUCGGCGCUCUUCAGCCGACCUACAAAAAGAUUGCGUUCUCAUUCGCAAUCCCCACCAUCAUCUAUCUGGGCUCGUUGUACUCAUCUGUAACCGCACGCUUUCUGUUCUUCCGUAUCUUCCAGAACUCCAAACACAAGCACUCGAACACGCUGAUCGGCUGGGCUACAUGGGCCUCCAUCAUCGCCGUGACAUGGGUCUUUGCAUUCUUGAUUGCAGAGCUCAUUCCGUUCUUCUCUGAUAUGCUGAGUCUGAUGAGCUCUCUGUUCGAUGGCUGGUUCGGAUUCAUCUACUGGGGCAUGGCCUACCUCUUGCUGCAUCCCGGAAACACAAAAUGGGCCGGGCCAUUGCGGAGCUUCGAGACCUUGGUCAACUACUUUUUGAUCGUUUUUGGGCUCUUUAUUUUGGUUGCGGGGACCUAUGUAUCGGUCCAAUCCAUCAUUGACAGCUACAAGGCUGCUGCGGUGGGAAGUGUAUUCACAUGUGUAUCGAACGCACUAUAGAAGCGUCAUCGUUGUAAUUCACGAGCCGACAUGUACUAAUCGUCGUCGACGUGCAAGUUGACCCGCUUCAAGUUGUCGGGGAGAUUGAUGUCGGCGUCGGAUAGCAUCCUCUUCAGGCUGAUCGCACGGCUGGGUUUAUCCGUGGCCAGGAUCAGAGACUGAGACUGCUUGGGCGCGGAUUUCGGCGGAGUCCAGCUCGGCGAGAGGUGGCGGAUCCACUUCGCUUGGAGCGCGUCUUCGAAGGUCAGUCGCUCGGAAGGAUUUUCUGCGAUAAGGCCAUCGAUGAAUUCGAUGCCUGGGGAUACGUUGAACGGUUGUUUUCAGUGAACGCUGGGCGAAGAGACGCACCAGAGUCAUCAACAGCUGCCGCGGCCUUUACUUGGUCCCAGAUAAUUUGGUGGCGCCCGAGUGCGGAGCCC